GACCUGCAGCCGGCAACCGAUGACGACAUCUACGGCACGGUGACGGAGGGCAUUCGUGGCUCAUCGAUAUUUGCCAGUGAGCGUAUUUUCGAGACGGCGGUGGACAUCGACUGCGAUGGGCGGCGGGAUGUGGCGGCGCACUCGCGGUACGGCAUGACUUUCCUCCCGUCGUCAUCGCCGUUUACUCGCCAGUAUCCCUCGACGGCUGGCGUGCCAGUGGACGGCGUGGCGCAGUUUGAGCCGGCGGAUGAUGGCAUGAAGCUGAGCGGAUGCAUAGCGGCGGAGAUGGGCCCGGCGGGCAUGCAGGCGGAUACGUGGGCAACGCCGGUGUAUGUUUCUCCGGGAGCAACUGGAAUGCUGUCGUCGAGUGUGAGCGACGCGUGGGCUGGAGACUUGAACGGCGAUGGAGUGCCCGAGUUUGUGACGGCCGAGAAUCCCGGGAUCAAGGUGAUGACCGGGAGCACGACGCGGCGAUGGCCCAAGUACAUGGGCGAGGUGGUGAUGAAGGCUGGAGCGACGGCACUCUCAAACACGGAGCAGCGAUUCUUCAUCGCCGACAUGGACAACGACGGCGACAACGACGUUGUUUGGUGGGCGUACGCGACGUCGUCAUCGUACUACCAUGAGGUUGUGUGGUUUGCCAACUAUGGCAACGGCACGCUUGAUGAGACGCCGCGGCUCAUUGCGCCGUACUUGUCGACGUAUCCGCGGGCCAUUGAUGUGGCGGACGUCAACGGCGACGGGUGGCCUGACGUGGUUCUGCAGCGGAUGAGCGGGGCAACUGAGGUGUGGCAUACGACCGGGCCAGGAGUGUUUGGCGCGAGCGCGGUGAUGCUCACACCCUCGCAGGUGCGCUCGUCGUACCUGCAGUUUUUCGACUAUGAUGCGGACGGCGACCUGGACGUGCUGCUAGAGGCCAACGUGGACGACACGCUUGUGGUGUACGUUAACUCGGCUGGGCCUGGGGCCAACUUUGCGCUUGGGACGAUGGUCGCACUCGGUAACCGAGACAAUCUCAACUCGAUUGCGAUUGCGGACCUGGACAACGAUGGCGACGAUGAUGUGGUGUACACCCUCUACGAGCUGGACUUGGUUGUCAUUCUCCGCAACGAGGGUGGCGGGAGCUUUGUGCCCGAAGACACGGUGACGAUUGACGGGCCGCACAACAUCCGGCUGGGCGACAUCAACAAUGACACGUAUCCGGACGUGUGCGGCAAGGUCCGCAGCAACCGGUUCUUCUGUGCGCUGUACAAUCCGAGCAGCGGACUCGCUGGAUCGUACGACGAGUAUGUGCUGAUGCAGUCGGGCUGGGGCGUGUACCCGACGACAUUUGAGCUGGUGGAUAUGGAUGGCGACGGAAUGCUUGACCUAGUGGCACAGCCGACUGGCAGGGAAGGCGAGGCAGUGACGAGCGCGGUUGUGUACUACCGCAACCAGUGGCCGGAGCUUGCAUUUGUGUACGACCGCAAUCGACCGAUCCCGAUUGUCGGUGGGAGUCUUGGGCGGGGCGGGAGGCGGUCGUUCGGCGACCUCGAUGGCGACGGAGUGCCGGAUUUUGUGGUUGUCCACCCGCACAUCCACCGGUUUGCGGUGGCAGUGUACGUGACAGCUGGGCCGGGAACGCGGACGGGCGGGCCCGGCAUGCUGGCGUAUGACGGCGGCCAGGCUGAGCUUGUGGCGACAGCUACUGACCAGGUCAUCCAUCUCGCCGUCGACGAUUUUGACAGCGACGGCGACUACGAUGUGGUGUACGCGACAUAUGUGGGUAAUACCGGCAAGUCGACGGUAGAGUAUGCGAAGAACGCGUAUGGCGGAACGCCUGGUGCGCCUGUGGCGUUUGGGACUGCAGUCGUGCUAGGCGAGUCGCAGGCCUUUCGCGAGGUCCCGACUCAGCUGGUUGUCGUUGAUGCAGAUGGCGAUGGCAACGCGCGUGAGGUUGUUGUUGGCUGGCGGUCGCUGCAAUCGUUUGGCAACAACGUGUAUGGGUUCAUCACGCUGUACGAGGUGGAUGACUGGACCAGCGCUAGCGCAAGCGCCGUGGCGACCGUCAUUGCUGACGACCUUCCUGCGACGAGCGGACUGGCAGCAGUGGACAUGGACCUCGACGGGAGUCUUGAUCUUGUGGUGACUCGGGAAUUGCAGUUGUUCGCGCUGCUGAGUCUCGGCAGGCCACUGCGCGAGCUGCCAACGGCGGGGCGGCGGCUGUUCCUUGGCGAGAUCCAGACGGGGCGGUCGUCGAACCAGAUUGAUCUUGCGGUGGCGUCGCUCAACCCGGGCGAGGAUAGCGAGCUGGACAUUGUGGCGCUGGUGAGCGGGCUGGAGCCUGUUGUCAUGAUGGGCCUGCCAGGCAACGCGAGUGCACCGGUGCGGGUGAAGGAUCACACGGCAAUGCCGAUGGCGGGCAUCGGCGGGAGCUCCUUUGCGCUCACCGACUACGACAGUGAUGGGUUUGUGGACGUGGUGCUUGCUGCUGGCUCGUUUGUUUGGAUGCCGAACCUCGGGUAUGCAGGUGCUGUCAAGGGCUAUGACGAGGUUGCGUACGAAGCGAUAUACCAAAUCGACUCGUCGACGGUGGCGGACUUUGACCGCGACUCGCAGCUCGACUUUGUUGUGUUUGACGGGAAUGGGGUUGAUACCGGCGAGUUGAAGCUGUUUGUGGACGGCCCGCUCUUUGCGAGCCCGCUGGUCAUCGACGUGUCGGCCGCCGGCAGUCACAUGAAGUGUAUGGUGGCUACAGACGUGGACCUGGACGGGCUGGUAGACAUUAUUUUUUCGACGGCGGAUCCGGCAAACGUGGUCGGCUGGCUCCCGAACGCCGGCGUUGCGCCUUUCUUUACCAGUGAGACUCUGGUGGAGAUUGUCAACACCACGGAUGUGCUCGACGACGCGCUGGACUUUGACGCAGCUAUGUUGGACGACGACGCGUAUGUGGAUGUGAUUGCGUUGGGCCGUGACAGCCUCAACCUGGUGUUCAUCCGCGGUAGCGCAGAGUCGCCGACGCGGUUUGAGAACGAGGUGGAGAUCGCGAGCUGGACGACGGCGGUGUGCAAUAACCCGUUGCGAAUGGAACUUGGCGACGCGACAGGCGACGGUUUGCAGGACGUGAUUGUGGCAUGCCACUCGAACGGUGCUGUGGUGUUCUUUGCAUCCGAGCCCGUGGCUGAGUUGUCGGACGCGCCGUGGGCGGUAUCGUCACCCGAGGUACUUGUGGCACGCGGUGGCUCGUACAACGCUUACGAUGUGAUCUUUGCUGACCUCAACGGCGAUUCUCUGCUUGAUGUGGUGUACACUGUCGAUGACUAUAGCCCCGGCCCGGUGUCGUACUUUAUCAACGUCGGCAACGAGACGCAUCCGCUAUGGCCAGCCCUGCAGGACCGGCACUAUCCGGACGACUGGGCGACGUUUGACCGACUUGACGGCUACCAGUGCCGAUAUGGACGGGCGUUGCAGGUUAUCGACCUUGAUAUGGAUGGGUACGACGACAUUCUUGUCGGCUGCUCGACAGCUCGGACACCGGUCCUGCUCAACCAGACACCGCGUCUGCCCGCGAGCGCGUUCAACGACACGGAUACAGGAGUUGGCGCUAGCCGAUUGGUUGCAGCGACUCGGUGGUACCAGCAGGGCUCCACCAGCCGCCGCGGCUACAUGGACCGCAUUGCCGUGGCUGACGUCGAUGCCGAUGGCUUCCCGGACUGGCUCACGUCGUCUGAACACACCUCGAGCGAGCGGGCGGUGUACUCGGGGACAAACUCGGUGUGGCAGACGCCGCGGCCGCCUACGACGUUCCGGGUCGAGGUUGAGCGAUGCGGGUACACGAUGACGUGUGUGGCGGCGUCGGUGACGCGAUGGGUCGGGCAGUGCAACGGCGACACGGUCCUGCUUCCGGCCGGGCGGUACACCGGAUGCUGGCGCGAUGUGCCGUACACGGUGGCCAAGUCUGUGCGACUUCUAGGCGAGGGCCCAGGCGCGGUGCUUGACUGCACGGCCGGCGAGCGGAGCGACGACGACGGUGCGCUGCUGUUCCGUGUGGAAGGGAGCACGACGGUGCUGAAAAUGGAGAACAUGAUUGUGCUCGGAGCGCGGACGAACAAGGCUGUGUUUGGCGGCGGCAGCAUCGAAGUUGUGGGCGGACGGCUGGAGCUUGUGUCUGUGACUGUGACCAACUCGACAGCGGUGACGGCGAACCAGCUGUCUGUGGCGUCGCCUGUGAUUGGGUUUGGCGGAGCGGUGCUGCUUCGCGACGGCGGGUCGCUGGUGGCACGCGACAGCGCGUUUGUGUCGAACACUGCGGAGCAUUCUGGCGGAGCGAUUGCGGCGGUGGGGCGCGACGUGAGCGUUGUGUUUGAGCGGGUGCGGUGCGUGAACAACCAUGCGCUUGUGUCUGGCGGGUGCCUGUUCCUCGAGUCUGCAGACGGGACGUCGUUCCUGGAGAUUGUAGAGUCUGUGGUGGAGGACAACGAGGCUGUGGGCCGGUCUGCGGCGAUUGCGUAUCCGCGGCGCGGCGGCGGCGGAGCUGUGAUUGCGCUUGCGGGCAGCUUUAACGUGAGCGUGCAGCGGAGCACGAUUUCGCGCAACGUGGCGCUUGAGAACGGCGGCGGGCUGUUCCUGCGGGCGUCCGGCGAGGGCCGAAUUUCGGCCGAGUUUGGGACGCUGGGCGGCGGGAACGAGUCUGUGGUGUCGGACAACACGGCGCUCGGCGGGAGCGGCGGUGGGCUGCACGCGGUGUCGCUGGAGAACGGCGAGACGCGGAUUGUGCUCGGAAGCGAGGCGAUUGUGACGGCGAACUCUGCGAGCGGAAGCGGCGGCGGGAUCGCGGCCGAGGCUGAGCGAGCGAGCCGUUUGGCGCGAGCGGCGGCGGCGGUGGUGGCGAGCGGCGCAGUUGUGAGCUCGAACGCUGCUGACGUGCACGGCGGAGGCGUGGCCGGAAGUGGGCGUGGGGCGGACGGCCAGCUGACAGGCAGCACGCUGGCGGAGAACCGGGCGCGGCGGAUCGGCGGAGCGGUGAGCGCGAUCGGCGGCGGGCGGAUGGUUGUCGAUGGCUGCGUUGUCCGCGACAACGAGGCGGCGUUUGGCGGGGUGGGCGGAGCGACGUCCGGGGUCGACUACCUUGCCGGGACGGCGACGAAGAACGGCCAGGCGAUCGAGGCAUCGUCGGCGUCGCUGGAGGCGCUGCUGAUUGAGGACGAAGUUACGCUUGGCGAAGGAAGUCUGUACAGCUGCGCGGAGCGCGGCGGGGUGUUUGUGCGCUCGAGCGUGCUGAUGCGGAACUCUGCGGUGCACGGGAGCGUGGGCUUUGGGUGUGGGUCGCGGGUGAGCGUGGAGGGGACGGGAAGCGGGUUUGAGUUUGACGUGUCCGCCAAGCCGAACGGCAACGACGUGGGCUCUGGACUGUUCUUCAGCUGCCUGCCUGAGGGCGGGCUGUGUGGGAUGGCGGGCGAUCCGUGCUGUCUGGCCGAGUCGCCUGCGGAGCUGCGCGGGCUGCCGUGGGCGAGCGCGUCGAGCGGGAUGCUUGGGGCGUUCAACCAGAGCCUGGACAAGGUGCAGAGCGUGGUCGGAUACGGGGCGAUGGCGGCGAUGCCUGUGGUGUCGCUGCAGUGGAUGGCGGGUCUGCCGGAGCUUGUGUCGUCGGGAGCGCCGUUUGGGAGCGGGUACGGAGUGGUGACUGGUCGGGACGCGCUCGGACAAGUGGUUGUUGACCCGCAGCUGAUGCUCUCGAUGGAGUUUGAGGACGGGGCAAAGGAGGCCGAGUUUGCGUUUGUGGGCUCUGGGCGGCAGCAGCUGAUGACCGAUGCCGAGCUGUCGUUUGGCGGAGUAGGGAUUGCAGCGCGGAGCGGGGCCGAGGUGGGAGUGCCGAUUGCGGUGCAGAUUGCGGUUGCGCAGUCUGCGAUUCCACUGGAGCUUGUGCCGGAUGCGAUUGUGCGCGACUCUGUGGUUGUGCAGGCGUGCCUGCCGGGGUCUGGAGCGAUUAUCAGGCCGGGCUCGACUGUGCUCGAGUGCACGCUGUGCGCCGAGGGCACGUUCUCGAAUGCGACGUCGCUCGAGCCGUGCAAGAUCUGCCCGGCGUCGACGGUGCUGACUGGGCAAGGGGCAACCGAGUGUCUGGCGUGCCCGGAGAACGCGCAGGUCAUUCCCGGGUUUGUGCCCGAGCCUGGACUCGGACUCAACUGCUCGUGCAUUCCCGGGUUCUGGACGGCGACGGGACAGAUCAAUGUGGGGUGCGAGGCGUGUCCGGAGGGGGCCAAGUGCGACGGCGGGCAGUCGUUGCCUGUGGCACGGCCUGGGUUUUUCCCGACGGAGGAUCCUGGGGUGUUCCUGGAGUGCCCGAACGCCGGGGCGUGCAAGGGCGGGUUCCCGUUCCGGUGCACGGAGGGGUACACCGGACAGCUGUGCGGAGCGUGCGAUCGCGGGUACUAUGCGCUGAGCGGAUCGUGCUACAAGUGUGACAACCGGACGCUGCCUAUUUUCGCGGUGGUGUUUGUGCUCGCGGUGUGCUUUGUGGGCCUGCUCGUGUGGCUCAACGCCAAGGAGGAGCUGAGCUACCGGUUUGCGGCUGUGAUGAUCGGGUUCAACUCGCUGCAGAUCAGCGCGAUGUACGGGCAGUUUGAGCUGCCGUGGUCGAACUUUGCGUCGCAGUUUUUCAACGUGGUCUCGUUCUUCAACCUCAACUUUGACCUGAGCUCGCCCGAGUGUGCGACGGUGACGGACGAUGUGUGGCUGCUCAAGUGGUGGAUGACGGUGAGUCUGCCGCUGCUGUUUGUUGUACCGUUUGCGAUUGUGUAUUGCAGCGUGAUGGUGAACAAGCACCACCUUGCGCCGCGGCUGGGGCAUGUGGUGCUGAUUACGGGUGGAGCGCUGCGCGACGCGUGCCGGCGUGCGUACCUGCAGCUGAUGGUGCUGCUGUACCUGCCGCUUGCGGCGAUGGCGAUGAGCUACCUGCAGUGCCGGCGCGACAAGGACGGGCGGUGGGUGCUCGAGGCUGCACCGGCGAAGAGCUGCUACGGGACGUGGUACUGGAACUACUUUGGAGUUGCGGUUGUGUUCUGCGUGGUGUACUGCCUGGGGCUGCCGUCGCUUGUGUUCUACCUGCUGACGCGGGUGCGGAGCGUGGCGGAUCCUGUGCUGUUCAGUCUGCGGUACGCGUUCCUUGUGGGGCGGUUCUCGCCGGCCAACUACCGGUUCGAGGUGUGGAUUAUGGCGCGCAAGGUGAGCGUGGUGAUGGCGAUGACGUUUUUCCGUCCGCCGAUGACCAAGGCGAACGUGGCGCUGUUUGCGCUUGUGGUGUCUAUGUGCCAGCUGGUGCGGUUCCUGCC